AUGGACAAGAGUUGGAUAACAAAUGAUAGACUUUCAAAAGAGUAUGAAGAGGGAGUUGACAACUUUAUUAAGUUUGCCUUAGAAUAUACAACGGAUCCUUCAAGAGUUCAUUGUCCAUGUAGAAAAUGUUCAAAUUUGAAAAAAUUAGACAUAAUGGAGAUAAAGAGCCAUCUAUACUUUAACGGAAUGGACCAAACAUAUGUCAAGUGGAUUUGGCAUGGGGAAGAAGAUGACUCUAACAAUAAUGUUCCCAAUGAAAGAAAGCAAUUUGAUCAAGUAUUUGAUGACCCUAUAGAGAUGGUGAGAGAUGCAGAUGAACGUUUUGUUGAUAAGCCUGAAGAAUUUUUGAAAUUCUUAGAAGAUGCAGAGAAACCAAUAUACUCUGGGGCACCUUUGUCAAAAUUAGUUGUUUUAGUAAAACUAUACAACUUGAAAGCUGGUAGUAGUUGGAGUGACACAAGUUUCACAAAGUUAUUAACUUUAUUAAAAGAAAUUUUACCAAAAGACAAUGAGUUGCCUUCCUCGAUUUAUGAAGCGAAAAAAACAUUGUGCACAUUAGGAAUGGAGUAUAGCAAGAUUCACGCUUGUCCAAAUGAUUGUGUUCUAUAUCGAAAUCAAUAUGAGAGUGCAACUGAGUGCCCUGUAUGUAAAACAUCUAGAUGGAAAAAAAAUAAGAACAACAAAGAAUGUAAGAAAGGGAUUCCAACAAAAGUAUUGUGGUAUUUGCCACCAAUACCUAGGUUUAUACGUUUGUUUCGAAAUCCCGAACAUGCCGAAAGUCUGCGAUGGCAUGAGGAUGGAAGGAUCAAAGAUGACAAAUUGCGCCAUCCAGCUGAUUCCCCAGCUUGGAAAGAAUUGGAUGAACUAUGGCCUCAAAUAAGAAAGGAUCCUAGAAAUCUUCGACUUGGUCUUUCUGCUGAUGGCAUCAAUCCAUUUAGCAAUAUGAGCUCAUCUUAUAGUUGUCCCAAGCAGCCUGGAAAUGAUAUAGAUAUCUAUUUAGCACCUUUGAUAGAUGACUUGAAGGUGUUGUGGAACGGAAUUGAUUGUUAUGAUUCUUUUAAAAAAGAAAAUUUUAUACUUAGAGGUGUACUCUUAUGGACAAUCAAUGAAUUUCCUGCUUAUGGUAAUUUAUCAGGAUGUUUUGUGAAAGGAUAUAAAGGAUGUCCGAUAUGCGGUGAAAAGACAAGCGCCACAAGAUUAGAACAUUGUAGGAAGAUGUGUUAUAUGGGUCAUAGAAGGUUUCUAUCAGAAAAGCAUUAUUACCGGAAGCAAAAAUUAGCAUUUAAUGGUGAGCAAGAGUUGCGAGAAGCGCCUAUACCAAUGACUGGAGAAGCUGUCUAUGAAGAGAUUCGUUUAAUAAAAAAUAAAUUUGGUAAGCCUGUGGAAAAGGUCGAUGAAAGUGUAGAGACAAAGGGGAAAAAGAAAGGCAAAUGUAAAACAAACAUCAAACGAAAGCGCAAUAAGAAAGAUCAACUAGCGGAAGAUUCAAAGAAUGCUACAUGUUGGAAGAAGAAGUCAAUUUUCUUUGAAUUGGAAUAUUGGAGACAUUUGUUAGUAAGACAUAAUCUCGACGUCAUGCACAUUGAGAAAAACAUAUGUGAUAGUUUAAUCGGAACCUUACUUAAUAUUCCUGGGAAAACUAAGGACAGUAUCUCUGCUCGUAAGGACCUUGUGUUAAUGUUGGAAUCAAAAAAAGAUUUGGCACCUGAAACAGGUGAAAGAAGAACUUAUUUACCUCCUGCUUGUUACACCUUGAAGAAAGACGAGAAACGUAAACUUUGUGAAACUUUGGCAAAUGUUAAGGUUCCAGAUGGGUAUUCAUCAAAUAUUCGUAAUUUAGUAUCUUUGAAAGAUUGUAGACUAAUCGGUCUUAAAUCUCAUGAUUGUCAUGUAUUGAUGCAACAGUUACUUCCAAUUGCUGUUCGGGGAUCACUAGACCAACAUGUUAGAAAUGCUAUAAUACGAAUGUGUUUGUUUUUUAAUGCCAUAUGUUGUAAGGUUGUUGAUGUAUCUAAGUUGGACAAGAUUGAAAUAGAAAUUGCGAAGACCUUGUGCUUAUUUGAGCAAUACUUUCCUCCAUCUUUUUUUGAUAUCAUGGUUCAUUUGGCAGUGCAUCUUGUUAGAGAAGUAAAACUAUGUGGGCCUGUAUGUUUUCGUUGGAUGUAUCCAUUUGAAAGAUUGAUGAAAGUUUACAAAGGUUAUGUUAGAAAUCGAAAUUGUCCAGAGGGUUGUAUAGUUGAGGCUUACAUAGCAGAAGAAGCGGUUGAAUUUUGUACUGAGUAUAUUACUGAUGCAGAAGUGAUUGGUAUUCCCAGAAAGACAAUGAGUGAAGAUGUUAUUGGAAGAGGCAUCAACAAUGGAAGGCUUACCUUAAUAAAAAAAGAAGACUGGGAUGUUGCUCAUCGAAAUGUUCUAGAGAAUACAAUUGAAGUUCAAGCUUACAUAGAAGAACACUUGGAAUAUCUUCAUCGUGAGAAUCGAAAUAAAUCAAGAAAGUGGAUUCAAGAUUACCACCAUCGGACUUUUCAUCAAUGGUUUCGUGAUAGGAUUCAAUCUGAAUUGAGUAUGGAGUUUCACAAAGUAUCUGAAACCUUAAGAUGGAUUUCAUUAGGUCCGACUAAUAUGGCAAUUAAACAUGAUGGAUUUGUCGUGAAUGGAUAUAGAUUUAGUACAAAAGCUCGUGAUGAUGUUAGAGUGACACAAAAUAGUGGUGUAUGUAUUGUUGCAAAAACUCUUCAAUUUGCUUCAGCUCGUGAUAAGAAACCAUUUUAUGGAGAUAUGAAAUUUUAUGGAGUAAUUGAAGAAAUAUGGGAGCUUGAUUAUCGUGAUUUUAGGAUGGCAAUGUUCAAAUGCAAUUGGGUAGAAGACAAGUAUGUUAUAUCAGAUGAGUUAGGAUGUACUUUAGUGGAUCUCAAUAAAAUAGGCCAUAAAGAAGAAUCAUUUAUAUUAGCAAGUCAAGCAAAACAAGUAUUCUAUAUUCAAGAUCCAUCAGAUUCAAGAUGGUCAAUUGUACUUGCAUCACAACCAAAAUUCAUAGGUGAUGAUGAUGAUGAUGAUUAUGAGAUUGGCGAACUUCAAACUUUUGAGAAAGAAAUUGGAGAUAUCAAUGAAUUUGAGGGAAUCGAAUCAAUAGUUGGACCAUAUGUUCGAAGAGAUUGUGAUGGAAUUUGGAUUGUAAGUUUGAUCAUGGACCAUCCUGAAGAGCAUCCCGAAGAGGUACUUGAAGAUAAUGCAGACGAAGGUAUCGAUGUAGAAGAGGCUGGUAAUGAAGACCCUACAACAAAGAAGAAGAAAAGUAGGCAGACUAAGGGGAUAGUGCGAUUGGCAAAAAUAAUUGCUGACAAAAUCAAAGGAAUAAAGAUAAAUUUAAGGUUUAACAAGAGAGGGCAAUCAAUUGGAACUCCGGAGAGAGCGUUACAAUGCUAUUUGGGGAUGCAAGCAAAGUCAAUGGUGUCAAUUACAUAUGAUAAUUGGCAUGAUGUUCCUGCUGCAACUUUGGAGAAUGUUUGGAAAGAUGUAAAUGUAAGGUUCAUAGACUGA